UUAACAUGAAUGUUUUAAACAGCACCGUUGCCAUGGUUCACUUCCUCAUAUGAAAGCAUGCAUGUGAUUCUCUAUCAGGUUAGAGAGUACUCCAAAAUAACUUGAUGCCCCUGUUGACUGGCCCUAGUGCUCUAGUGUUCAACUGCCUUACUGAAACUGUUUUUUAUAUCUGACAAGAGUGUAGGGUUAAAAAGAUUUCACUCACAAUAAACAUACAUGGCAUGCUUGCGCACACACGUGCGCACGCGCACACACACACACACCUUGUAACCUUUGCCAUCUCCUCUCCUGUAACCUUUGACACAAAGGGGCUCCGAACACGGCUGAGCUGCGUAUCUGUCGGGUCAACAGGAACAGUGGCUGUGUGAGGGGAGGAGACGAGAUCUUUCUGCUGUGUGAUAAAGUCCAGAAAGGUACAUUAUGUCCACAGAUUGAAAAUAUGUAUUCUCACCUUCCCUACCAUGGAUUACAAUGUACUGCUAUAUGUGUCUCUUUUCAUUCAUCCAUCCAUCCAUCCAUCCAUCCAUCCAUCCAUCCAUUCAUCCAUCCAUCCAUCCAUCCAUCCAUUCAUCCAUCCAUCCAUCAUCCAUCCAUCCAUCCAUCCAUCCAUCCAUCCAUCCAUCCAUCCAUCCAUCCAUCCAUCCAUCCAUCCAUCCAUUCAACCAUCCAUCCAUCCAUCCAUCCAUCCAUCCAUUCAUUCAUUCAUUCAUUCAUUCAUUCAUCCAUCCAUCCAUCCAUCCAUCCAUCCAUCCAUCCAUCCAUCCAUCCAUCCAUUCACUUCCUUAGUCAUAGUCCUUGUCUCUCCUCUCAUAUUCACUCACUCCUUCAUUUCCCCAUCCCUCAUCCCUCCAUCCCCUGCUCCUCUCCAGAUGACAUUGAGGUGCGUUUCUUUUGUCCUGGCUGGGAGGCUAAAGGCUCUUUCUCCCAGGCUGACGUUCACCGCCAGGUGGCCAUCGUCUUUAAGAGCCCGCCCUACUACGACACGUCCAUCACCGGCCCGGUCACCGUUCACAUGCAGUUACGACGUCCCACCGACCAGGAAGUCAGCGAGCCCAUGGAGUUCAGAUAUCUACCCGACGACAAGGGUGAGGAGGCCAUAUUAUUUGUAUAUUUAUUGUCUCCCUGAUGUAAUAAUAGUUUAUUCAUUCGUGUUGACUGCUCUGUUCAUCAGGAACAUACCAUAUGAAUGUUGGUUUGCACUGGCAGACACUUUAAUAUAAUAUAUGUGUGUGUGUGUUGUCUACAGAUCCCUAUGGUUGCCAGGAGAAGAAGAGGAGAAGAGAGCACCUGAUGAAAGCCUUACCUGGGUUCUUACCUUCAGGUGGAAUGAAUCCGAUGAACAGACUGAAGGCAGUACCACACAGUCCCAUGGCCCAGGCCAUGAGAAAAGGUAAGAGAACACACCACCACCUAACCAAGCCCAACCUAGACCCAGACACUGACCCUCUUAUCUGAAACCACCUGGUACCGCUCUUUAUCUGUGGUUGUCUGUCUGUCUGUGGCUGUCUGUGGCUCGCACGCACGCACGCACGCACGCACACACACACUCACACACACACACACACACACACACACAUAAAAUCUCCCACUGAAAUAAACGCACAAAAGUCAUGAUAUUAAUGGAACUUUAUUUAGCAACCUGGUCUCAGAGCAAAACGUACGAAAUGCCACUCCAUUUAGGAUGAUAUGUUACUUUACUUUAGGUUACAUUACAUUGGCUUACAAACGUAAUAGCGGUCGUACAAUAUAAUACGAAUUGUAGGAUGUAUAGUAUCCUACACCUUGAUCGCAUUUGACCCGUUUAGUAUGAUAUAUUACAUUCGACUAGUUUAGUAUGAUAUGCUACGUUCGACUAGUUUAGUAUGAUAUGGUUCGUUUCCCACGGGUGGUCAGUAUGAAAAAACAACAAAAAACAAAAAAACAUGUAUGCAUUCACUAACUGUAAGUCGCUCUGGAUAAGAGCGUCUGCUAAAUGACUAAAAUGUAAAUGUAAAUAGAGAGGCACGGAUUUUAGGAAGAUAUUCUACGUUUUGCUCUGAGACCAGGCUGUAUUUAAGCCUUGAGUAGUAGUAGAUGUACUUCUAAAUACACAACAACGCUAAUCUCCAAACCUCCUCUUUGCCAGACCUCAACAUGUACAUGAAACACCCCUCUGCUGCUAUGAUGCGCCAAACCCCUCCUGCCAUGUACAACCAACAUUACCAACAACAGAGCCCUCAGCAGCACACAAUGAUGACAUCACCCAACCAGGUGUCCAUCAACCAGGUGUGGCCCCACCCCAACCCGACGUUGUCCCUGGAUACCAUCAGAAUUAACCCCUCGAGCACCGGUAGUAGCCAGGCUAACGGUAUGCAGCGACAGCAGGUGAACCACUGUGCUACCUCUGGGUACCUUCAUGGAGGGGAGAGCAGCGGUGGUGGUGGUGGUGGUAGAGACAGCCUGCCCCAACUCACCAUGGGGGACCUGCAGUGUCUGGGUCUGGAGUCCAAUCUCCAGGGUCCUUCGGCCAGCCAAGCCCACCCCGGUGGGCCUGACCUCCAGCACCACCAGCAGCACCACCACCACCACCACCACCACCAGCAGCAGCACCACCAGCAGCUCCACCAGAGGAAAGAGUCAUCCUGCUCCCAGGGCAUGGGGAGCCAGGAAGGGCAGAUCCAGGGGAGUCAGACCCAGACCCUGGGCCUCCAGGCAGCCUGGCACAGCUACAGCCCUCAGCCCCCAGCCCAGGGCACUUUGAACGGGACUGGAAGUGGUGGCGGAGCGGGGUCCCUGGGGUUGAGCUUCCUCCUGGAUAGCGUGGAGAGUGAUGAGAUCCUCCAGGGCCUGGUGGGAGGAGGGGGCCCUCAGACCACCUUCCAGCUGAAGCAGGAGCCCCUAACUGGGGGACAGGAGGGCCAGAUGACCGCCUCUUGUUCCUUCUCCACCUCGGACGGCCAGCAGCAGCAGCAGCAGCAGUCGUACGCCAACCUCCUCCCCCGGCCUAUGAGUAACAGCAACGGCAUCGCCAUGGAGACCGCAAGGCAUGAAAGCACCAAUAGCAACUCCAACAACAUCCAGGCCCUCAAGAACUUACAGAACCCCUUCACCCCAGCCAAUGGAAUGGGGCAAGACGGUGUCCAUUUCGACUCCUUGGCUUCCUGGGCCUUUUUCACUCCACCGCAGUGACUCGGCACAUUCUCAGGCUGUGGAAAAUGCCUUGGGAAGUCUCAGUGAUAGAGCGAGUGCUUAGUCAUUUUGUCUGUGUGAGAAUGUGGUCAGAACUUGUGAACAGAUAUAGAGAUAUUUUCAGGGCUAGGUAACUCAACUGGCUAUAUGAAUAUGAUAUAAAUAUACUAAUUAUAUCACUCAUUCACUCUCAGAGUUAGAUGGGUUGAGUUCACUGCCAACAGAAGUAAUCAAUGCUUUGUGGUUUUAACAUGAUGAAUUUGCUUUAGAGGACAAGGGGGAUAAAGGUUAACAUAGACAGGUGAUGUUAUGAUGUUUUUGUCAACACUUUACUUGAAGUGGGCUUUUAUAAUGGCCUUACUAAUGCAUACAGCUGUAAGAAUGGCGUUACACCUCUCAUGACAUGACCCCAAAUCAUGUUGUUAAGUUAAAAAGAAUACAAGAUUAGAAUUGUCCACACCGUUCAAACCAAUGAGGGUUCGGAACUUUAAAGCCAAUUAUCUCAGAAUGAUAUUUUUUUCAGAUAGAACCUUUUAGCUAUAAGGUCCCUAUUCAAGUGUUUACUGUUCCAUGCUCCAUAACAGUGUUGUGUUGUAAUGUGAGGCUGAUCAUAAAAAAAACUGUCAUGACCUGUUACGUCAGCUGUUAUGUGUUAUAACAGCAUUAUAGAGGUAUUGCGACAAGUCCACUUUGGGUAAAGUGUUCUGUGUACUGUACAUAUACAAUAAAGCCAGUUGAGAGUUUAGCAUGUUCAAUCUCUACAAAUGCUAUAGCUCUGAAGAGUGGCGAGGUACUUAGAUUCCCUCAGAGGAAGAUUCUGGGAGUGUCCAGUCAAGUCACUGUUGGAAUACUUCAGAGAUGCAUCCUUGUUUCCGUGUUUCCUUGACCUAUCCUAUCACUCACCGAGCUAUAAGUGAUAGUUUAGCUGAAAGCAACGUGACCGCCUUUUUAUUACUUCCACCAAUCCAACCAAUUCAGAUGAAUGGUUACUUCAGUUGAGGUAGGAAGGAAGGAUGCAUUUCUAAAGAAUUAGAACAGGAUCAGUGUUAGGUAGCACUGUGAUAUCCCCAGGUAAUGGCUAUGCCAUAUUAAUGAUCACAGGUGCUAUCUAUCCCAGAGUUCUCAGGGCAUUGUGAUGUGGACAAGA